AUGGAACCAGGGAACGAUACACACAUUUUAGAAUUUCUCCUAACGGGACUGUCAGAGGAGUCAGAACUGCAGAGCCUCAUCUUUGUGCUUUUCCUGUCCAUGUACCUGAUCACCGUGCUGGGGAACCUGCUCAUCAUCCUGGCCGUCAGCUCAGACCCCCAGCUCCACACGCCCAUGUACUUCUUCCUGUCCAACCUGUCCUUCGUGGACAUCUGCAUUACCUCUUGCACCGUCCCCAAGAUGCUGGUGAACAUCCAGACGCACAGCAAGGCCAUCAGCUAUGAGGGCUGCAUCACCCAGAUGUACUUUUUCAUCCUUUUUGUAGAAUUGGAUGACUGUCUCCUGACCGUGAUGGCCUAUGACCGCUAUGUGGCCAUCUGCCACCCCCUACACUACACGGUCAUCAUGAACCCUCGGCUCUGUGGAUACCUGGUUCUGGUGUCUUGGGUCAUUAGUUCCCUGCAUUCCUUAUCACACAGCUUGUUGGUGUUGCGACUGUCCUUCUGUACGAAUGUGGAAAUCCCCCACUUUUUUUGUGAGCUCAAGCAGGUGAUCCAGCUGGCCUGUUCCGACACCUUUCUUAAUGACAUGAUGAUCUACGUUGGAUCCGGACUCAUGGGCGGGGGUCCAUUCGCUGGCAUCCUUUACUCUUACACUAAGAUCGUCUCCUCCAUCCGAAGAAUCUCCUCAGCUCAGGGCAAGUAUAAAGCCUUUUCCACCUGCGCGUCUCACCUCUCCGUGGUCUCCUUGUUUUAUUGCACCAGCAUUGGGGUGUACCUGAGCUCUGCCGUCACCCAGAACUCGCACUCUGUGGCCAUCGCCUCGGUGAUGUACACGGUGGUCACCCCCAUGCUGAACCCCUUCAUCUACAGCCUCAGGAACAAAGACAUCAAGAGGGCUCUGAAACGACUCUUGGGGAUGAGUCAAUAA